AUGGCUGAUUGGGCAAAUCUGCUUCCUGAUGUUUUGCUGGAAAUCACUACGCAUCUAACGUCGUACGAGGAUUUUGUUGCUUUUGGUUCGGUUUGUUCCUCAUGGCGAUCUGUUGCAAUUAUGGAAAAGCCGAGAUUUUUAUUUAAACUCACCCCAUUGCUGAUGCUAGCACCAGAGAAGCCCACUGAUCAACGCGGGUUUUACAGUUUUUCGGCGGAUUUAACUCGGUACUUUAUUUUACCUGAAGUUAAUUCAAGAAGAUGUUUAUCUUCAAGGGGCUGGCUUCUAACAAUCGCCGAAGCAGAUUUAUGUAUGGCUCUUUUGCAUCCUUUUUCACGGUUUGAAAUUAAAUUGCCUCAUCCCAAGACUUUCAGAUACUGGGAAGUUAUUUCUCGAGUUGUUGAGCCGACUCGGCUGCAUGCACUUUCUAUCUCUAAAUUUGUCUUAUCAGCCAAUCCCAUGUCCACAUCAGAUUACAUGGUAAUGGUUCUUUGUGGAGCUGGCGGAGAUAUUGCAUAUUGUAAACCUGGUGAUAAAUCAUGGAUCCCAAUUGAGUCUACUGUAUACAAUUAUGAUAUCACCUAUUAUAAAGGGCUAUAUUAUUCCAUUAAUGAUGAAGGUCAAAUAAUGCAGUGUGAUCUCACCAAAAAAGUUUCAGUAGAAGUUGCGCAAAUGCCACAUCAAAAGUCUCUACAGUCGGUUUUGUACAUAAUGGAAUCGGUAGGAGUAUUGAUUGUGGUUGAACGAAAGAUUUAUGAAGAAGACGGUGAAGAGGGGAGUUAUGGAACUACUGGAUUUAAGGUUUUUCAAGUGGAUUUGGGAAAUAAUAAUUGGACUGAGGUAAAAGAUUUGGGUAAUAGAGCACUGUUUCUGGGUUUUAACUCUUCAUUCUCUGAGGAGGCCCUUUAUUGCAAAGCUAAUUGCAUAUACUUUACUGAUGAUUGUUACGAAUUUUAUCUCAAUGAAGAAUUUCACCCCAAGGGAGGAGGGAAGGAUAUAGGAAUAUAUAACAUCCUAGAUGGUAGUAUUGAGCCACACUUCCAUUUUCAGGAUAACUCGUACAGCUUUGUUAAUCCACCAAUGUGGGUUCAACAGUUUUAG